AUGAUGCGACGGCUCGCCUUGGCUAUUGCGGUGUUACCUUUCUGGGUGGAGAUCGUUGGUGGUUUUGGCCUCAAUGCUAGGCCGUGGUCUGCUGCGAGACGGCCGCACUACCGUAGAGAAACAAGAUUACGCGUCAAACAACCCACUGCAGCAGAAACCGUGGUGGAAGAAAGGACCUUCAGCAGCAGCACCACCAGCACCACCAGCCCACUUCGCCGCGACUCACGGCCGGAAUCGAAGCGCGGACGGGCAAACCGCGCGAUCAAGCGGAGGGCGCGCAGGUUAGCUCGCCUGCGCCGCAAGAACAAAGCGAGGGAAGAUGCCUUGGAACUGGCUGCGGAGGCCCUGAUCAUCAAUGACGUUGCACGGGUCCCGAACUCCACCUACUUCCCUGCACGGCGGCGACCGGCCGGCGGACGCGUAGCAACGCCGGCAGCGGCAGAGCAGGAUCGUGCAAGGCUGGUAGAAGUAGCAACGCCGCCCGCGAGGGAUUCAGCACCAGAAGAAUCGAUUUUCUUUGCCGGAGUCGACACCGAAGAUGCCGAUAGAUUCGACCCUCCUCCGCGUCGUUCUUCGCCGUCAACCUUGGCAGAAGCGGCGAAGCAACGAAAGAAGAAGAAGCACGCCACCAUAAAAGGCCGGCCCAUCGUCAAGGGCGGGAAGGACCGGGGGCUCUGGAGGUCGAUAUUCGGCCCGAGACCGCUGCUGGAGGUGCAUUCCAUUGAUCAGCUUUCGCAGCUCGUGGAUGCGGAAGGGUGGGGACUGGAAGACCUAUCCGUUCUCACGGGUGGGCCCAGGCCUGCCGAGAGUGCUGCCGCCACCAGUACGACCGCUGCUAUUGCUGCCGCUGACGUCGAUGACAUCGCACGGGAAUCAUUAGCAGCAGCGGGGGGAGCGGCAAGCAAGGUUGCCACCGAACCGGGUGUGGCGUCAGGCGGGGGGGCGGCUCCAGCAACGGUGAAAAGCAACGACGACGGCGAGGGUAACACUGCUGUACGGGCGGAGGAUAUUCCUGCUGUCCCGACACCGCCACUCCCCCCGCAGGAGAAGCUGCACCCGGCGGUGCAGGCGUUGCUAGAGAGGGCCACCGCGGGGACGAAGCCGUCCAUGCAUGGAGACGGAAGGCGCAUCGGCCUCGCCAUAGAAGGUGGCGGGAUGCGGGGGUGCGUCGCCGCGGGCAUGGCCUCGUGCUUGCACUUCUUGGGGAUGGCGGACAGCUUUGACUGCGUCUACGGGGCUUCGGCGGGGAGCCUGAUCGGCGCAUACUUCGUCAGUCGCCAGUCGAACGGCACAGCGGUGUACCACGACGUUCUCCCGUCCGCUGGGGCGAGGUUCAUAGACAUGGCCAAGUUCCCGCAGGCGCUUGGUUUCGAGUUGCCCAAGGUGCCAAGGAAGGGCAGCGGCGGACCAAGCGAUGAGGAGGAGCGUGGCGCCCUGGAAGCCGCCCGCGCGGCGAGCUUUGCCCGGGUGAUCGGGCUCGAUUUCUUGCUGAAGGACGUGGUGGGCAGGGUACACGGUUUGGACUUCGACGCCUUCAGCGCUAACGACAAGCUGCAACCCUUGCAUGUCGUGGCGAGCGGCGUGAGCAGCAUGGGCACGGUGUCCCUAGCCUCCAGGAGAGGGUAUUUUUCCACGCUAGACGAGCUCACCGGCUGCAUCCGCGCCUCGAUGCUCGUGCCCGGGCUGGCGNGGGGGGGGGGGGGGGGGGGGGGGGGGGGGGGGGGGGGGGGGGGCGCCGUCAUCGACUGCUGAUUCAGUGGCCUCACCGCCGCAGGAAGAGCGAGUUGCAACCCUGCCGCCGACCUCAGGCACCGAUAGAGACAGCAGAGCCGGUGGGGAGGGUUGCGAGGCCGUAGUGACGGCAUCGUCGCCGGUGGACGGCGAAUGCCGUGAAGAAGACGGGCAGGAAUCGGGUAGCGGCGUUGGGGAGCUAGCGACAGGCCAGCCUCGAGCUGGCUUUGUGGGUGCUGGCGAAGGGGAGGCAACGGAGGAAGAGGAGGAGGAAUCGUUACGACAACAAGGAGAAAGGGAGGAGGUGCCUGUAACGGCAGCGCCGGCGGAGACCUCGGAGAGCGGCGCUGGCAAGAAGGAGGGUACGAGCGGCGGUGGU